AUGAAACGUGGAGUAGUACGAGAAACGGAUCUUGGGAAAGCAAAAGAAAGGAAAAAAAGUAAAGGCGAGGUUUUAGAGAGAGAGAUGGGAGAGCAUGAAAGAGUGAGCUAUGGUGGUAGAGAGGUUUUAAUGACGGUGGAACCACCACCAAAUUUCGGUGAGAACAUCGUGUCCAUAGACGAAUCCGCAUUCACUCGGGUUUUCGAAAUCUCCGCCCUCAGAGUCCCGUUAAAAGACCCAGAGAGGGUGUCGGCGAGGCCGGAGGACCCGGAGAGGCCGAUGCCAAGGGAGAGGACAGAGAAGCGACCAAUGGUGUGGGAGCAGGUGACGCCCGAUGAAAGAUGUGCAGGACUCGGCAGCGGUGAUGGCAGAGGAGAUCUCAGGCAAGAUGACGGGGAGAUUGAAGACAAGAAGAAAGGUACGAUUUUUGGAGAUGAAGGGUUACAGGAAAAGACUCGUUGA